AUGCCACCAAAAAAGCUGACGAAAAGGUCAAAGAAGUCGAAGUCCAAACCAAAGAAUGAAUCGUCUUCUUUGUCAACACAAGACAAUCUGUUGUUUACUUCGUCAGGUGCAGACCAUUCCACCAACCGUUUAACGGAACAACAACAACCCACAAACACCCCGCAACAGCAGCACCAGCUUGUCAAUGCCUCCAAUGCAUAUCCUCCUGAAGGUAAGGAAGAGCAAGAGAUACAGUUGUUGCAUAAAUUGAGGUACCUUGCCUUUGAAAGCGACUUCAAUGGCACAUCCCAAGAGUUGAUCGCGUCACUACAUACCCGAUGGAGGAAUCUGAGGGUGUCUGAACUGACAUACUCAAAAUUGAUUGCCGAGGAGUCCGCUCAAGCUUAUCUCUCAUUGCUAAUUGAGGCGGCGUGUCAGGGCUAUCUUUUCAGGAUUGAAAAGCAGGCUUUGAUGAUCCCGGCCCUGGGCAAUCAACUGAUUUGGUACGAUUCCUCUCUUGCUGUUCUUAUGUGUCUAUACCGCAAUAUUUAUCACUUUGACCCAGCAUCGGUUGUUAAAGUGUUCAAUGCAAUUGCUGAGAGAAGUAAGGACUUUCCUGACAAGAUGACGGCACUUUUCGCUCGAUUCCAACCUGAAUUUGAUCAGUUUAAAGAUUGUUAUAGUCAUGAUGAAGUUUGCAAAGUGCAACUUCGUGGAUAUCUCACGGCGGUAUCACACGGUAUCAUUGAUUGGUUGCCUGGAGGAUUUGAAAAGGUUGGCUCGCAAGUCGAGAUGAUUAAAAAUGGAUUUGACCAAUUCGAGGUUCCGAUAAAGCCUACAAUCACGACGACUGUGGUCGGAGAGUGGCAACAAUUUGCGCCGACUACCUCAACCCUAUUGGGACAAGAAGCCGUUAAAUCGUCAUGUGAGCCCGACUCUUCUCCAUCUACCUCACAAAUACAAACGAACACACUGGGAUCAAAAACAUUAGCCAAUGCUGACAUCAACAUUUUUGAACCCGGAGACGAAGUUGAGUUGAGAGAUAGCGAAGCCAGCAUUGACAAUUCGGAACGUGAAUUCAUCGAGGACCUCGUCGAUGUGGUUUACGAGGGAAUUUUUGGAUUUAAUCCCAUAUUAGACGAACAAUUCGAAGAUGAACCGGGUGUCCUUCGUGUUGUGCGUAAGGCUUGUGAGAAAGUUGCAGGCUUGGUUCCCGAUGAGUUGAUGGACCCCACUGACCAUAUGGUUAGAGCUGCUGGAAGAAUUGUCCGUUAUUUGAGAAAGCAUAUUCCAAUGUUGAAGUACGAUUCUUACCUUCGAGAGCAAGUAGAAGACGAUGUCUACUUAAGUAUUGACGGCGUUUUCGACAGGGCGAUCAUGUAUGCUGUCGAGCGUGAAGGAUCGUUGGUGUUGUUUACUCAGGACGAUCCUCCUUACGCUGCUCUGAAAGAGGUGUUGACGAACUUCGUCGAACACAAACCUCGCUAUAUGAGAACUUCAUCAGGAUUGUUGUCCGUAACAGGCAAAGGUAACCUCACGCUUUUGGAUGAUAUGGGUGACCUCACCCAAGUGGAAGCACAUUAUUCCCCUAACAUUUUUACAGAAGCAGAAAAACGACAAACAUCGGCUACCAUUUCCCACUCUUGCCUUCUGCGUGCUGGGUACACUCUCGAAUACGAAUCUACAAUCUACGGCUGCAUGAGGUACACCAAUCAUACGACUGGAGGCACUUUUUGGGUGUUCCGUACUCGAAACAAUCGUUUUUGCAUGCCCUACGAUAUGCUGCCAAUUGUUACCCCAUUGAUGAAGACUGUUUGCGGGCUCCGCGAGUCUCCAAUCGGCGAGUAUAUUCUCGACAACGUUAUGUCAUUUGAGAGCUACGCAGAUGAUCUGUGGGACGGCGACGACAAUGAUCUGUGGGACGGCGACGACAAUGAUCUGUGGGGCAGCGACGACAACGAUGAGUCCUUGAACGACUCUCGAGAAUUAUCGAACAUCUCGGAAAGCGAUGAUUUUGGGUCCGAAGAUGAGUCUAGUGAUGAUGAUGAGUCUGGAAAUGAGACUGGUGUGUCCAAAGGGUUUUUUAAUAAGGUGCAAGGUUUAUUUGCGUUCUAA